AAUAAUUCACAGUGCAACUGACCAUAACGUAAAGGGUUUCUUGCCAUGUAUAAAUAAUAAUAAAGUUUACAGUUUCACUAGCUAAACCAUACAUUCAUAACAGAUAUUGGCAAUGGCAACCUUUUCCAACCAAAAACUUCAACGCUUGGUGCAUGUAGAUUUGUCCAAAAAGGGAUCAGUCGAUGACGCACUGAUUGAUAUUGUGGAUUUAAUUAAUUCGUUGCCACAGUAUUUCACAACUAGUUCAUGCUCAGGACGUAUUAUUCUUUUUGAAAAUGUAGGCUAUGUAGGCAGUAUACUAAGUUCUACUCUAGAACUAGAUAAUAAAUCCAUAAUUAAUUAAUGACUUAAUAUAAUGAAUGGUGAUGCCGCGAUGCUAAACCAAACUCAUGAAAGGUUGUUGUUUUCCCCGCAAUAAAGUUAAUUCAAUAGAAAUUAGAAUGAAUAGUCAAUCUAGCUCUAACAAACAUCCCGUAAAAUAACUUAGUCUUAGUCUAAUUUAUACUAAGACUAAGAUUAAAAAUAAGUUCUAAUAUAAAUAAUAAGUCUAACUACUAAUGCUGCUUUACACUAUUUGUCUGAGUUGUGAUAUUUUUAAGGAAAGCUGCAGUUGUGUGUGGAAAAAAAGUAGUAAAGUCAUGCAGAAUUGAAUAUGUACCAAAAGAUAUAAUUAAUUAAAUUAUCAUUUUUUUAAAGAUUAAAAAUCAAAUUGAGAGAAACAUCAGGAAUAAAAGAUAUGGUCAUUCCAGGUUUCCAUUUUUCACUAAUAAUAAAAAUGACAUAAUUUACAGAAUGAGAAAGAUUGGUAUUUUCUGUUUUACUUGACUUAGUAUUAUAUUAUAGGUAGUCUACUGUUGCAUUAAUUAUUUAAAUUUAUGAAAUUCAUAAACACAUUAUUUUAUAUUAUAUUUAUAUGGCUUACUAAACAAAAAAAUUUAAUAAAUUGACACCUGAUUCAUGUGCAUGACAAGCAUGUUAUCUACUAGACCUUAUAAACUGUUUAAUAAUACAGGCUACCAGUACAUGUUAAAUUUAAAUUAUCAGCUGUCUGCUAAAAGUCAUAGGAUCAGUAUGGAGAAAGGCAGUUUUUGUUAUUUUGAAGAAGGUCAAUCACAGUAUUAUAUAUAUAACAUUCUUAUCAAUUAAGUAUUGAUUAUUGCAAACUGAAGUCUUCACAUGUGUGACAAUAUAUCAAGAUAGUAAAAUUAGAAAUAUCAAUGAAAUUUCUGCUAUAUUUAUCAGUUGUUUAAUGUUUCUCUAAGCACUCAGAUGAAGUUCAGAAGAAAGGUUGCAAGUGGCUUUAUGUUUCACAUGAUCCUGUGCAGCUAGAAAACAUUGUAAGUAAAUUGUUAUUCAAUUAUUCCAGAAGUGGCACUUUUGAUUUUGAAAUUGUAAAUAGUAUUGGAAAUGUGACAUUAAAUAUACGGUAAUACUUUUAACAUAUUGUAACAUUAUUAAUGAUUAUUUAGAAUAAGCCAUAAACUUGUGAAUCACUUGACUCUUAUUAUUUGCUUGUUGCUCACUGGUAAACAAUAUUUAAAAUUAUGGGGUCCAUUUCUCUUUUUCUUUUGUCUUUUCUUAGCUUUGCUUCUUUUAGACAUACAUUGUUAUAGGUAUUAUAACUGAAUAUUAUUGUUUGUUCAAUUUAAGUCUGAAGCCCUAAAGGAUGCAGAAAAUGUCACUACUCUCAAGUUUGAACCAAUGGUGAUGCACAUUCAAUGCCAGACUUUGGAGAGUGCACAAAAAAUGGUGUGUAAUUCAAAUCAAUGUCUUUAUCUAUAUAGUUGACAAAAAUUUAGCUUCAAUAAUUUAUAUUAAAUUACAUAUUUGUUAAAAACUAAGUAGGUUCUGUCAUUUACAUUCUGUAUAUUAGUGUUAGUAUGUUUUUUCUUAAAUAAAAGUAAUUUUGUUGCAUAUUUAGUUAAGUCAUUGAGGUCUUGAGAAUAAGAAUGAAUAUUUUGUGAAGGGUUAAAAACUCUUCAAUGCUAAUACAACUUUGACAUUUUGGCCUACCCUUUUGGCAGGGAAGUAUCUGUUGAAAAAGUUCUUGUGAAAUGCAAGAAUAGCCAUGUUGAAAAAGUUCUUAUGAAAAGCAAGAAAAGCCAUGAAUAUUUGCAUAAUAUGUUAUUAACAGUUUUCUAAUAUAAAUAAAAUUGUGUGUUAUUAGCAUCAAGCAGCAGUGUCAUCAGGCUUCAGAAAUUCAGGGAUAACAAUUGGGACUAAAGGAAAGAUUAUGAUGGUAGUACUGUAAUAAGUGUUUAUGUUUGUAGAAUGUUUUGUCCCUUUUGUUAGUGCCAAUCAAAAUAAAAUAUCAUGUCUACUUAAAAGGAUUUAUCACGUACCAGUAUCUGGAGUACAUGGUAUUCUCCAUUCCAAAUUUUUACCUCUGUUUUUUGCUAAAUACAUUUUUUUAAAGGCUGUCAGAAGCACUCAUUCUUUGGAAGCACCGUUGGCAUCUGAAGGUCAAGUACUUGUGUCUUCAGAGGUAUUUGUCAAUAUUUUUUAAAUGAACCUACAAUUAAAUCUCAGUGUAAUUAAUAUUUAUUUGUAAAUUAUUGGAAAGUGAUGAUUUAACAUAAACAGUAAAAAGUACCCGGUUCUGGUAUUCAAUUCAAAAUGUCUGAUGAAGGUGGCAAUAUCUUCAGUUUGAUUUUAAACAGUUUUUAUAAGCUUUUUACUUGGCUUGCUCUCACCUAGUCUCAAUUGCAAGCGAUCAGUAUAAAGUACCCGGUACUCGCAAUAGAAAAUAAAUAAGGUUUUAAAAAAAAAAUUCAAUUCAAGAAAUUUUUUAAAAUGACUUUUUAAUAUGGUUAUGAAAAUUUAUAAAAUACUAGCCAAUAUACCCGGCUUUGCACGGGAUUGCAUUAGAACCCCGAUUCUGGUAAGAACCCAAUCCCAGUGAGACCCCUAUCUCAUUCUGACCACGAUCCCGGAACAAUCCCUUUUCCGAGUGUUAUCCCGUUUCCAUUGGGACCCCCUUUUCUUGUGGCUCCGGAUCCAUUAUCCUUCUGGAUAAUGAGGGAUAUAUGUGCCAAGUUUGGUCAAGAUCCAUCAAUCCAUGUAAAAACGUAUGUGGAACAAACCCACAAACAUUCACUUUUAUAUAUAUAUAUAUAAUAUAUGAUAUGUGUCAACAACCUGGAUAAUUUUAGUUGAUUAACCUUCUAUAAUUUUUACCUUUGCUUAUUGAGUAUCAUAGAGUGUAGACUAUUUUCUGUUGAUAGAGUUUAUAUUUUGUUGGCUGAGAAUUUCACUAUAUCAUCUAUGUUGAACAAUUUGUGUCUAUUUUAUUCCAGUAUAUCCAGUUUCUAAUAAAAAAUGCAAACACCAAAAUGGAAGAGAAUUUUAGAAGGAUAACAAGGUUUGUUUCUUAUGGAUUCAUUUUGUAUCGCAUGAUAUUAUUGAUUUUUAAUCAUUGAUUUGUUAAAUUAGAUCUUGUAAAGUUGAUUUCCAUUUAAAUGUUGUUAUGCACCAUAACAAUACUUCUAAAUUAUUAUGAAAUAAUGUUAGGUUCUAUGGUUUUAGCAUUUCUCAGCAAAGAUGAAAUCUAAUAAUAAAAUAUGUCUGCUAAAUUGUGUAUGUUGUGCUAAAUUGUGUAUGUUGGCAUUCAUAAUUCAGGUUUCACAAACUGUUAGAGACAUUAUCACCAUGUGAACAAUGUCAUCAAAGUUUAAAUGGCACAGCAAAAAAAACCAGACUAUUUGACAGAGAUGCUGAUAAAAGUUUGAAGCAAGACAACAGGAAUCAGAAUAAGCCAGAAGAAGAAGAUGAAGACUUGGCUCUUUUUAUGUUUGACAUCACAUAGCAUUAAAUUAUCAUUUAAUCAUUUAUUCAAUGCUUUGUUCAGUUAUUUGGACAAUUUUGCCCCCAUUGAAGGAGGGGACAUGUAAAUAUAAACCAGCUCCUUAAACUUAAAAAGUUCAGACACCUUCUGGUACUAGUGGG